UGGAUCUUCAAGGAAAUAUGGAAGGCAUUUUGAGGGAAGGAAGGUCAUUGAAGGAAACACCAACAUGGUCAGUUGCAACAGUCACCACUGUUAUGGUAUUUGUUUGCUUGUUUGCUCAACGCUCCAUUUACCGAUUUGGAAGGUGGUUGAAAAAGACUAGAAGAAAAGCUCUUUUUGCUUCUGUAGAGAAGAUAAAGGAAGAGUUGAUGCUGCUUGGCCUAAUUUCUUUGUUGUUGGGACAAUGUGCAAGGCAGAUUUCUCAAAUUUGUGUCAAUUCAUCCCUUUUCACUAGUAGAUUCUACCUUUGUUCUCAAGAAGAUUAUGACAGUAGUAGUACUAGUGACGCAAUCCAUUCCUCCAUUCUCUCUAAUCAUACUACUCUUAUUCCUCCCAAGGGAAUUUAUCAACCAUCACAUCAAUGUGGUGAGGGACGUGAACCUUUUGUCUCCUAUGAAGGUCUUGAACAGCUUCACCGCUUCCUCUUUGUUCUUGGUAUCACCCAUGUUCUCUACAGUUGUAUUGUUGUCGGCUUGGCCAUGACCAAGAUAUACAGUUGGAGGAAGUGGGAAAACCAAGUGAGCUCUGGGGAAGAGAACAACUUACAAGUGCCAAAGAAUAAGGAGAUGAGACGACAGUCCACCUUUGCUCUGCAUCAUGCUUCCCAUCCAUGGAGUAGGAGUCGGAUUCUUAUAUGGAUGCUUUGCUUUCUUAGGCAGUUCAGGACUUCAAUUCACAAGUCAGAUUACUUGGCACUGAGAUUGGGGUUUAUCACUAAUCACAAGCUUCCACUUACUUACAAUUUCCACAAGUACAUGGUUCGUAGCAUGGAAGAUGAAUUUUAUGAAAUUGUAGGGAUCAGCUGGCUACUUUGGGGUUAUGCCAUCAUAUGCAUCUUCGUUAACAUUCAUGGUCUUAAUAUCUACUUCUGGCUCUCUUUUAUUCCUGCCAUCCUUGUCAUGGUGGUUGGAACAAAACUACAGCAUGUAGUCUCCUCGUUGGCACUUGAAAUUGCAGAACCGAAGGGUCCACUUAUUGGGUCACAAGUAAAGCCACGCGAUGAAUUGUUUUGGUUUGGAAAACCGAAGAUACUAUUACGAUUGAUACAGUUUAUAUCAUUUCAGAAUGCUUUUGAAAUGGCAACCUUUAUCUGGUCCUUGUGGGGAUUGAAGCAACGGUCGUGCUUCAUGAAGAACCAUGCAAUGGUUGUUAUCAGAUUGAUUUCAGGGGUUCUUGUGCAGUUCUGGUGUAGCCACAGUACUGUUCCUUUAAAUGUGAUUAUCUCACAGAUGGGUUCACGGUGUGGAAAGGCUCUCGUAGCUGAAAGUGUUCGAGACUCACUCCACAGUUGGUGCAAGAGAGUAAAGGACAGGUCGAAACACGAUGCUCUACGAUCUAUAACUACAAGAUCAACAUGUUCCCUUGGAUCAACAAUUGAUGAGGGGGAUGAGAUAGCAACAGUGGCAUCAGUAACUUUAUCUCCAUGUUCCUCUAGAGGCUCAUUUCACCACCUAGAUGAGAAGGUUGUGUUGAAUGAUCAACAAGAAGAUUGCAUUGUUGAAACUUCAAACCAACCAGGUCAUGAAUUAUCUUUCAGAAACAGGGAAUAUUCAUGUGAAGCUCUGGUCACUGAUACAGAGGAGAUUGUGGAUGAUGAGACGCAUUCAUCUGAACCUCUGGAGAAUAUGGAUAAUGAUGAUGCAGACAAGAUAGAAACUCUCUUCGAGUUGUUCCAGAAGACAUGA